AUGGGUACACCACCUCUUCGCUUAUCAUCUGUUCCAUGGUCUUUAGGUUCAUUCCAUGUACCUCCUUCUCAUCGUGGACAAUUUCUGUCCUCAUAUCCAACUCCUCGGCCAUUACAACCAUUUGUUCUCACUCAACAACAAAAUCCAUAUGCAAGCAUGUUAUCUACACUCCCAUCAUAUUCUAAUAGACGUUAUCAAGAUUUAAAAAAAUCAACCAGUUAUCCUAAUCGACGCCCUUCAUAUCGAUCACUUGAUACUUCAAAAAGGUCUCAUCAUGAUUAUGGAUAUAAUGAAUCAAUUCAUUCUCAUCAAAGUCGACCAUCAAAAACAAAAUCUGUUUCUGAUUUUGGACAAAUGUCUCAAUUUACUUCUACUCAUUUACCUAAAGCUCAUUCAUGGCAUACAAUGAUGAACCAUCGUCAAUCAAACUUGAGUGUUGCUUAUGCAAAAGAAAUGAAUCUAACUCCAAAACGUCGUCGAAAACAUUCACCAAAAAAAUACAAAAAAAUACGUUCUCAAAGACGUUUAUCAUCGUCACCAAAACGAAAUCCAUCAUUUAUUAAACAUCGAAAACGACCCAUCCAAAUACCUGAAUAUGGUAUUGUUCGCAUAUCAACAUUAGAUGAGAUGCCAAUCAAUAAUAAUCAAACAAAUAAACGAAAUAAUAGUAUUAAUAAUGAUCGUUUAUCAACAAAAGGAAGUCUGUCCAAUUUAAGUAAACGUCGAAAAAUAUCAAAAGAAAAACCAAAAGAAAACAAUUCAAUAAAAAACCGAAAGAUCAAAAAAAAUGAAAAACCUCGUAUGAACCUUGAUACUGAGUCAUCAUCUUCAUCAUCGUCGUCAUCAUCAUUAUCUUCGUCCAGUAAUAGCUAUUCAUCAUUACAACAACGUUUAAAUGGUUCAUUACGUAAUGACCCAUUAAUUAUAGAUGCUAUGGAAGAUUUUCGACAACUUCGUCGAUUAUCAAGCCAAAAUACAUCAAUAAGUCCUCAUAAUCGAAGUUUAAGUCGUGAUAGCCUUUGCUCAGAUUCAACAUUGCAUUCAUCAACAAUAUCUCGUAGUCAUAGUCAAUCAAGUUUUACAUCUGUUGAACGUUUAGAAAUUCGUGAAUUAAUUAAAACAGUUAAAACUCAAGGUAAAACAUCAUUAAAUGCUUCUCAUGAAUCAAUAUCAAUUGCAGUAUGUGUAUCAUCAUCUGAACAAUCGAUAAUAACAGAUAUUCAGCAACCAUCAACACCAAAGAACAAACCAAAAAAGUCUUGUGUUACAGAAGAAUUAGAUCGUAAGUUUAGUAAAUUACGUUCACUUGAACCAGAUCAAGAAUUAACUUAUGUAACACCAUCAUCAAUAUGUAAACGAAAAAAAACGCUGGAAAAGCCUGCUGAAAAUAUUCCACCUGUACCAACAUUUGAUGAACUUUUACGUCAAGUUCAAUUACGUCCAGUUAAUAAAUUAAUAAAACCUAUAUCAACAUUGAAAGAAAAAUCAAUAAAUGAUAAUUAUGAAAAUCCAUUAACAUGUAUUCCUGUUCCACGAUGUAGUCCAAUACCUAUACCUGAGAUAAAAACUGAAGAAACUAAACAUGAUUAUGCAAUACCAAUAAAAAAAACUGAAGAAAAACCUCUAUCACAAUUAGAUUCUGCAGUAUCGAUAAAAGAAACUGAAGAAAAACCUCCAUCACAAUUGUGUCAUUUUCAACCAAUGCGUACCUUUACUUUAAAUAAAGCAAGAAUUAAUCGGGUCACUAAUAAACGAUCAAAAUUUAAUUGGUUUCAAUAUGGUCUAACAAAUCAAAUGCCAACAACUUUUCAACCAAAUUUUGUUAGUAAUAAUCAAAAUGAACAUGAAACAAGUGCUGUUCAAGAAAAUAUUUAUACAUCAGAUAUUGAUGCAUAUAUACCAUCGUCUAUAACAGAUAAAACUGAUAAAACUGAUGACAAUACUCUUCAAACUCAUCUUGAUAAUCAAACAAUUCUAACAGAUGAUUUUUAUUCUGAUUUUGGAACAAAACAAAUAACAGUUUCAUCAUCUUUAAUAGAUGAUUUUUCAAAUUUAUUCACACGUAAACAUAAACAUGAAAUUAAACUACAUAAAAAAAAUCAACGUUGUUCAAUUAUGUAG